UACUUACUCCCAAGUUUUUACACUCAACCCCUCAAUCAACCCCAGAUCCCUCGCCAUGACCGAAUCCUACACCACCACCGACCUCCAAGGCACCCUGCCUUUGAUCGCGCGCGGCAAAGUCCGGGACCUGUACGAAGUGGACUCGAAGACGCUGCUAUUCAUCGCGACCGACCGAAUCUCCGCCUACGAUGUGAUCAUGCAGAAUGGCAUCCCAAACAAAGGCAUCCUCCUCACGCUCUGCACACGCAAGUGGUUCGAGAUCCUCACAACAGCGCUCCCGAGCCUACGCACGCACUUCCUGACGCUGGACCUCCCGGCCCAGAUCCCUGAGGCCCUGCGGCCGGUGCUCCAGAACAGAAGCAUGCAGGUGCGCAAGCUGCGGAUCCUGCCCAUCGAGGCGAUCGUGCGCGGCUAUAUCACGGGCUCGGCGUGGAAGGAGUACCAGGCCCACGGCACGGUGCACGGGAUCCGCGUCGCGGAGGGGCUGCGUGAGAGUGAGGCCUUCCCGGGUGGACCGAUUUAUACGCCCAGUACCAAGGCGGAGUUGGGGGCGCAUGAUGAGAAUAUUCAUCCUGAUCAGGCGGUCGAAAUCAUUGGCGAGCCCUACGCUUCCACCGUCGCCUCGCUGGCGGUGCAGCUGUACAAGAUCGCGCACGAGUAUGCGUUGACGCGUGGCGUGAUCAUCGCGGACACCAAGUUCGAGUUUGGCGUGGACGAGGAGACAAAUGAGGUCGUGCUGGCUGAUGAGGUGCUGACGCCGGAUUCGUCGCGGUUCUGGCCGAAGGACUCGUACGAGAUCGGAAAGGGCCAGGCGAGCUUCGAUAAGCAGUUCUUGCGCGAUUGGUUGGUUACAGAAGGGUUGAAGGGGAAGGAGGGGGUGGCGAUGAGUGAGGAGGUCGUGCAGAAGACUAGCCAGAAGUACCGCGAGGCGUGGGAGCGUAUCACCGGCGGUGAGAACUGAUUCUUACCCCUGAGGGGAGUAUACCUAGUAUAUAUUUGCACGUAUUAUAGUUAGAGCAAGCAACUGCUCGGCUUUGCUCGUGGGCGAGUGAAAGGAAAAAAAAAAAGAUAGAAUGGUC